GUUAAAGGGUUGGGCUGCGGGACGGCGCGGUCAGAUCCCAGGUAGUGGCGCCGGUGGAUCCGGAUCAAGGGCAGGAGGCUGAGACCCGCGGGUGCUGGCCCUAAAGCAAGGAUCUGAGUGCAAGUAAUUUUUUUUGGGAAGUGAUCGCAGAAAAUACCAGCAAGGAAGAAGAAGGUGAACUCAAAAGAACUGAAAACAGGAUGCUGCCCAUCACAGACCACCUGCUGCACCUCCUGGGGCUGGAGAAGACAACGUUUCGCAUAUACGCGGUGUCCACCCUUCUCCUCUUGCUGCUCUUCUUCCUGUUCCGCCUGCUGCUGCGGUUCCUGAGGCUCUGCCGGAGCUUCUACAUCACCUGCCGCCGGCUGCGCUGCUUCCCCCAGCCUCCCCGGCGCAACUGGCUGCUGGGCCACCUGGGCAUGUACCUUCCAAAUGAGGCGGGCCUUCAAGAUGAGAAGAAGGUACUAGACAACAUGCACCAUAUACUCUUGGUGUGGAUGGGACCUGUCCUGCCGCUGUUGGUUCUGGUGCACCCUGAUUACAUCAAGCCCAUUUUGGGAGCCUCAGCUGCCAUCGCCCCCAAGGAUGACCUCUUCUAUGGCUUCCUAAAACCUUGGCUAGGGGAUGGGCUGCUGCUCAGCAAAGGUGACAAGUGGAGCCGGCACCGUCGCCUACUGACACCUGCCUUCCACUUUGACAUCCUGAAGCCUUACAUGAAGAUCUUCAACCAGUGCACUGACAUUAUGCAUGCUAAAUGGCGGCGUCUGGCAGAGGGCUCAGUGGUCUCCCUUGAUAUGUUUGAGCAUAUCAGCCUCAUGACCCUGGACAGUCUUCAGAAAUGCGUCUUCAGCUACAACAGCAACUGCCAAGAGAAGAUGAGUGAUUAUAUCUCCGCUAUCAUUGAACUGAGUGCUCUGGCUGUCCGGCGUCAAUAUCGCUUGCACCAUUACCUCGACUUCAUUUACUAUCGCUCGGCGGAUGGGCGGAGGUUCCGGCAGGCCUGUGACAUGGUACACCACUUCACCACUGAAGUUAUCCAGGAACGGCGGCGGGCACUGCGUCAGCAGGGGGCCGAGGCCUGGCUUAAGUCCAAGCAGGGGAAGACCUUGGACUUCAUUGAUGUGCUGCUCCUGGCCAGGGAUGAAGAUGGAAAGGAACUGUCAGACGAGGAUAUCCGAGCUGAGGCAGACACCUUCAUGUUUGAGGGUCACGACACAACAUCCAGUGGGCUCUCUUGGGUGCUGUUCAAUUUGGCAAAGUAUCCAGAAUACCAGGAGAAAUGCCGGGAAGAGAUUCAGGAAGUCAUGAAAGGCCGGGAGCUGGAGGAGCUGGAGUGGGACGAUCUGACUCAGCUGCCCUUCACAACUAUGUGCAUUAAGGAGAGCCUGCGCCAGUACCCACCUGUCACUCUUGUCUCUCGCCAAUGCACGGAGGACAUCAAGCUCCCAGACGGGCGCAUCAUCCCCAAAGGAAUCAUCUGUUUGGUCAGCAUCUAUGGAACCCACCACAACCCCACAGUGUGGCCUGACUCCAAGGUGUACAACCCCUACCGCUUUGACCCGGACAACCCACAGCAGCGCUCUCCACUGGCCUACGUGCCCUUCUCUGCAGGACCCAGGAACUGCAUCGGACAGAGCUUCGCCAUGGCCGAGAUGCGCGUGGUUGUGGCACUAACACUGCUACGUUUCCGCCUGAGUGUGGACCGAACGCGCAAGGUGCGGCGGAAGCCGGAGCUCAUCCUGCGCACGGAGAGUGGGAUCUGGCUCAAGGUGGAGCCCCUGCCUCCGCGGGCCUGAGCGUGGGCGCGAUCCCUGCGGAUCCCAGGAGUCCAGGCCCCUCCCAGACGGGCCGAGGCCACGCCCCCGAAGGACCAGGACUCGCCCCAAAGAUCCCGAGGGAAUAGGCCACUCCCCUCGAAGUUCAGGUUCAGCUCCUGG